AUGAAAAACACCCUCGAUUGUACAGUAUCAGUCGCGGGUAGUCCACAGGAAUAUCGAAUAGAAAUUCCCAAAUCAUUGAAUGUGGGAGAAAUCCUGAACUAUUUAGAGCACAGCCAAAAGCUACAAUUUGAAAAAGAUUCAUUCAUUCUUGUUCAGCGUGGUCCCGUUGAUUUUGUAAUCGCAAGUGAUAAGAAAUGCUUAACAGAUAUCAUUAACACAACUGUUUUCAGAUUUUAUGUUUAUCCUCCUCAAAUUAAAUUCUUAAAAGUCCACUGUCCUGAUAAGAGAAUUAACAUACGUUCCUUUGAUGCUAAAGAGCCGGCAUCAUCAAUGGUUGAAAUUCUUUGUAACGAAAUUUUUCAUCUUAAAAAUUCUGAAGCUUAUGCUCUUUAUCAAAUAAAUAACUCAAGGGGCGAAGCAUUUGCUCCAAAUAGAUGCAUUAUCGAAUUUUUACCAUUCAUCAAAGAUAUUUAUUUAUUACGACGUUUUUGGUUUUCUUCAUGCAUGAAUUUAGAGGAUGAAAAUGAUAUUCACUUCAACUACGCUCAAGCCAAGCAAGAGUUCUUCCAGCCAAACUUUUCAUUCAAAUUUGUCGAUUAUAUUACUUUAACUGCCCUUAGUAUUUUAGUUGAGUUUAACGGUAAGAAAGAAGAAGCGCAGCAAUUUAUUACGAAAUGCUCAUCAAGUGAGCUCAAGAAAUACCUUCCACCCUAUUUAGUUAAAGAAAAGAAAAUCAACAAACAAUUAGCAGCAGUUUUCCCUAACAUUCCUUCCGGAGUUGUCGAAGCUAAGCAUACAUUCAUCGAAAAAGCAAUUAUGUGGAUUUAUUUCAGCGCAACAAUAUAUCCAUGCAAUUUUUCAUAUGAAGGACGUGAUUAUAACGGUUACAUUGCAUUCAUUGAAAAGGAAAUCCGCUUUUUGGAAGAUUUAACUGAUUACAACGUUAUUUUUUCAAUCCGAUACAAAUUACUUCGUAAAUUCAAGCUUCUUGAAGAAGGAUCAAUCAGUUUUACCAUUUUUAAAGACGUAAAGAGUGAAGAAGUCUGCAUCUUUUCAAUUUCUUCCCCAAGAGCAAUUCAAAUUCACGAUUACAUCGUCAUUUUCCUUAACCACUUGAAGCAAAUCGAGUUUAAGAGACGUGAAGCAGAAGAAUCCAAUAAAGGCAAGCGCAGAGAGCGAAGAAAUACACACAGAACAAAUACGACAUCUCUUGAAGGUUUAGUUGAUGAUUCCGUCAGUCCUCUCGAGUUCAAAUCGACCAGGGGUGAAGGCUUUGCCAACAAAUUCGCCAUUACUCUUCCAAAAAUCGAUUUUGUCAAACCUCAGAUUCAAUCCACUUUUUCAAUUCCUCGCUGCACGUUAUCUCCUAUUUCCAUGAACGACGGCUCAGAGUACGCGACGUACGACACCUUCGACGGCGGACUUCUCAAUGGAAAACGUAGAAGAAAAGGAAGAAUUGAUCCAAUAAUUACGGGCGUGGCAGAUAUUGGCAUUUCCAAGCAAAUCUGUCAUUUAUUGAAGCGAACAAUUUCGAGGGAUUGUUUAGCACCUCUUUCCGAAGCAGAUGAUCUGAUUGUACAAUUAAACGGAUCCCAAAUUUCCUCCCAAUUAAUUCAUGGCUGCAAUGGAUCAUUCCAACACCAAGUUGCAACGAUAUCGAGAGUUUGUUCGAUACUUGCGAGCGAAACAUUGUUACCUUUCGAUGCUUUGUCGUGUCUCAAUUACGUCCGUUCUUACACACAAAGGUUUUUAACCCAAGAAUGGCAGGAUUUCGAUUUCCUCGGAAACGCGCAGUUAAUUGAUCCUGUUUUCGCCUCCGUCGCAUCGAACAUCUACAAGAGGAGAGACACGAUGACUCCCAACUUGGCAUACGUGAUGCUCGGCGCUUACGAAGGCGAUAAAGCUGAAGAAUUACACGCAUUGAGUGAUGCAGUAAUGACAGCUUUACAAAAUUCUGUUGUUGCAUUGGCAAGAUGUUUUAUCGCUUGCGGAAUGGGCGACAGGAGUCUUCUUGAAGCAAUUGAGAAACACAGGACAGCAUGUUUCGAUCCAUUGUUCACUUCUCAAUUGACUAAUUUGCUUCAACCAUUAGUUUCUGAAAUUGAUUCUUUCGAUGUUUCGAAGAAAUUCUUUUCUCAAGAACAUCGAGCGAAAGUUGAUACAAAACUUGUGAAAGACAUUCUUGAAGUGAUGAAUCAUUUCACUUCUUUCUUGUCAUCACCAGCCUCUUUGUAUCUUCUUUCACACAGCAGAAGAUGCUUCAAACCAAUCGAAUACCCUGACUCGAUGAUUGAAGCAACUUCUUUGUACCAAGGAGCAAUGGAAUCUUCUUUCGCUUAUUACGGAGCUGAUGCAAAAAGAAACGUUGAAUUGGCUUUGAGAAUAAGUACAACAGCAAGAACAUUCUUCGAUCUAUAUUGCGAUAACCAACAGAUAAACGCGCAAUCAUCAUUAGAAUCGUUGAAUGUCUUGUUGAAGAGAGGAUUCGCAGGAGAUGACAUCAAAUUGGAGAAUUUCUUGGAUUCAUCGGAUCCUCUUCAUGAAGUUGUUCUUAACUUGUUGAGGAACAAUAACUUGGAAGAGGCAAUACCACUCUUAGCAAAUGACUUGACAAAUGAAUCCAAGAAAUUCGAAAUCUUUGAAACAGCUGCUGCAAAAAUUGACGACCAAAUGAGAUUAAUGGUCACUUCACCUGAAAAAAUUGAUGUUGGCAUAUUGAAGACUGCUUUCACUUUGUUGUCGUUUGGAGCAAUCCUUUGUACAAGGGAUACUACAUACACUAAAGAGGUCAAAGAGAAAUUAGUAAGUGUUGGCCAGGCAAUUAGGGAAAUUGUUAAGGCACCAAGCGAUCAAAGGGUUCAAUAUGAAAACCCUGUAAGAAGUGAUAUUAGAGCUCUCCAAUUUUAUGUGAAUGAGCCUCAUCUUGUUGAAGAAAACGCUUUGGCAAUUGCAAAAGGCGCAAUUUCAUUCUCGUUUGAAAAACCAGAGAUAUCCACAGAGAUCAAUGCUUUGAAGAACUUAUGUAUGGAUUUGCAGAGAUUUAAUAUUGCAAAAAACCCUGCGAAAACUUGA